AAACUUGCAGAUAAGGCUCAGUGUCUCACUAACUCGAAGAUUUCCAAGUACAAGAACUAGAGAAGACAAUGGCAAAGGCAAGCAUGUCUGCCUUCUUUCUCAACUCUACUUCUCUUCGCCCUUCAAACCCACUGAAGCAUCCAAAAACCUUUCAUACGCACAUUCUUGUCGAUCCUCAGUGUCACAGACACAAGAGAAUCCGCUCCUUGCUAGCGUUGGCUUCAAGCGUAGCCUCCCGGGUCAAUGUGGAUUACCUGAAGAAAGAAUUCAGCGGUCAUGGAGUCAGCUUUGAAGGUAUUGGUGAUGGUUGUGUCAUCAAGAUGGCACUGGACAAUGGUAGUGUUGCCAAUGUGGUGCUGCCAAGUGGCCUGAUAACAUCAUACAGGCCGCUCAUGUGGCACGGAGCCACCAUGGAAGUGCUGCAAACAGCUGUGUACCAAGGCAAAAAUGGCGAAACAGUUAUCCGAGGAGGGGUGUCCGCAGAUUUCAAGCUUGCGAAUGAUGGUGGAAUUCCAUGGUCGCCAAGCACUUGGUCUCUUCAAAAUGUUAGAGGAAGUCCUCAAGAAUCUAUUCAGGUGGAGCUUGUAUCUGUUGCUCCAGAGAACAUGAUUGAAGUCAAAUGCCUGGUGACACUUCAUCAAGAUAUCCUAGGCUCAGAGUUUACCAUCAACAACACUAAAUCAUCAUCUAUCCAAUUGUCUGGCUCUGUAAUAAGCCAUCUCAAAGUAAGCACACCUGAUGCAACUUAUGCUGUUGGGCUACAAGGCUCAAAUUACCGCAGCAAACAGCCAAAGUCGUCAGGAUUCAGCAUUGUUCCUCCAGACACCAGCAGAAAGGGAACCUCAAAUUCAAGCCAAUCCCUAGCUCAGAAAACACUUCAAGCAGUGUUCUCCAGACAGGAAAUUGAAGACGAGAAGGAUCAUGAACCAAUGAAUGAAUGGUUCAAAAUAGAAGAAUCAGAGGGAGAGGAAGAUGAUGAUUAUGCACAUAUGACAGAGAGAAUGAGUAGGAUUUACUCCAAUGCACCUAGAGAGUUCACAAUUAUUGACAGGGGAAGACGAAAUUCAGUCGUAAUUCGAAAGGGAGGGUUUGAUGAGUUUUAUGUCUUCAGCCCUGGAUCAAACUAUGAGUGGUAUGGCAAAUAUGCAUAUGUGUGCAUAGGACCAUCUGCUACAUUGACACCUCUAGUUUUGGGUCCUGGAGGCACAUGGAGUGGAGCUCAGUACUUGUAUAAUCCAAACCUGUAAGUCAUGCUAAAGAAUAGAGAUUGUGAGGGGCCUUCUUCUUUCAUUUAGAACAAGGUUGCUGCUAAUUACUACCAAAAUUUGUCUGCUAUGUCAUUUGAAAGGCUACUUACAUGUUCGGUGUUUUUUUUUUUAUUAUUACUAUAGAACUCUCAGAAGUUCUUAAAUUUUCUCUUUUUUUCC